AAGAAGGUGCAGGCCCCUCCACCCACUUGUCCAUUGGGCGGCGGCACCAUCACGCUCGGCUCUGCAACACCGCUCUCCACCUCCACCCAGCCAGGAUCCCCUCCCCCGCCGUUCUCUGCACCGCCCCGUCCUGGGAGCUUUUCAUUGGACGGAGGCGCGGUCGAUUCGCUUCGAGUCAGAGAGCCGAUUGGACAGGAGGCCGUCGGGCCGCCCCCAACCAGCUUGGAUUGGCUUGCUGCGCGUUGGCGCAACGGAAGAGGCGGCCUGGCGAAGGUGCUCUUUUGCUCCGACUGGCUUGCCGCGGAGGAGGCGAAGAGGGGACCAGCGCUGGGGGGCUGGCUCGGGCGGCAGCGGUGGCUGCUGCGGAUGGGUGCCGGUUGGCUUGCCGCACCCAUGGAGCGCCACGGCAGGGCCGCCGCCACCUCUGCCUCGUCGGCCCGGGAGCCGGUGCCCGGGGGCCCCGAUGGGCGGCGGCGGGAGCCACUGCGGCGCCGGGCGAACAGCGCGUCAGCUCCUGCCGUCGGGGCCUCGGCUUCGGCCUCGCCUUCGGCGGAGGGCGUAAGGCGGGAUCGGCCAGGCUCCUACAGCGGCGCUACCUCGGCCUCCCGUCAGCGCGUCGAAAGCCUCAAGAAGAAGCGGCCGCUUUUUCCUUGGUUUGGCUUGGAUAUUGGUGGAACCCUGGUCAAGCUGGUUUAUUUUGAACCCAAAGACAUCACUGCUGAAGAAGAAGAGGAAGAAGUGGAAAGUCUUAAAAGCAUUCGGAAGUACCUGACCUCCAAUGUGGCUUAUGGGUCCACUGGUAUUCGGGACGUGCACCUGGAGCUGAAGGACCUGACUCUGUGUGGACGCAAAGGCAAUCUGCACUUUAUACGCUUUCCCACUCAUGACAUGCCUGCUUUUAUUCAAAUGGGCAGAGAUAAAAACUUCUCGAGUCUCCACACUGUCUUUUGUGCCACUGGAGGUGGAGCGUACAAAUUUGAGCAGGAUUUUCUCACAAUAGGUGAUCUUCAGCUUUGCAAACUUGAUGAACUAGAUUGCUUAAUAAAAGGAAUUUUAUAUAUUGACUCAGUUGGAUUCAAUGGACGGUCACAGUGCUAUUACUUUGAAAACCCUGCUGAUUGUGAAAAAUGUCAGAAGUUACCAUUUGAUUUGAAAAAUCCAUACCCCCUGCUGCUGGUGAACAUUGGCUCUGGGGUUAGCAUCUUAGCAGUAUAUUCCAAAGAUAAUUAUAAGAGGGUCACAGGUACCAGUCUUGGAGGAGGAACUUUUUUUGGCCUUUGCUGUCUUCUUACUGGUUGUACCACAUUUGAAGAAGCUCUGGAAAUGGCAUCACGUGGAGAUAGCACCAAAGUGGAUAAACUAGUGCGAGACAUUUAUGGAGGGGACUAUGAGAGGUUUGGACUGCCAGGCUGGGCUGUGGCUUCAAGCUUUGGAAACAUGAUGAGCAAGGAGAAGCGAGAGGCUGUGAGUAAAGAGGACCUUGCCAGAGCGACUUUGAUCACCAUCACCAACAACAUUGGCUCAAUAGCAAGAAUGUGUGCCCUUAAUGAAAACAUUAACCAGGUGGUAUUUGUUGGAAAUUUCUUGAGAAUUAAUACGAUCGCCAUGCGGCUUUUGGCAUAUGCUUUGGAUUAUUGGUCCAAGGGACAGUUGAAAGCACUUUUUUCGGAACAUGAGGGUUAUUUUGGAGCUGUUGGAGCACUCCUUGAGCUAUUGAAGAUCCCCUGACUGUUACCUGGGGCGGGGUUCCUGGAACCUUCCACAGGGGGAUCUGUGGAUGGACUCUUUUUUUUAAAGACUUACUCAGUUUUAUGAUUGUCUACUACCUGAAUCAAAGCAAGAAAGGACAAGUGUAAUUUUCUAAGUCAUCAAGAUGAAUUCUUAAAAAUUCAAUCUGAACUAAUAACCAGUAAGGAAAUAUAUAUGUAUUAAAAAAAAAAUGUGGACCAUGUUGGUGAGGAUUCUCUGUAUUUAAGUUGCUCUUCAGUAUAGUGUAGUUUUGAAAUUCAGCAUCACUCAGUGGAGCCACUUCGGGAGAGAACUGUUCUUUGUUCAGCUGGCUUUGGUUUUGUGUCCUGUUGAAUUUGGUAAAUAUAAGGCAAGCAACUCUGUAUUACAAUCUAAUCACAUUUUUGUCAGUGUGGUUUUGGA